GGAAGUCUCACUCACAGCUAGCUAGCUAGCUAGCAAGCUAACAUUGGUAUCUGUAGUUUUCUGAGCGAACGGUAUGGAUUCAUAUAAAUAAUCGUUUGAUUGAGACCCAGCCAUGUCUCAGCUGGAGAAGAAGGCGGGGCUUCUGAGAAGGACGUCCUCCUCUAAGAAACCCCUGAAGGAGAAAGUGGUGCUGAUGUAUGAUGAGAUCUUUGCGAAAGAGGAUCCAGCCAAGAACAACUCCCGUUUCUGGGAUGAACUCUUCCUCAUGAAGGUAAAUCUGGAGUACCUGGAGGCCAAGCUGGAGUCUCUGGAUGGAGAUGAGGUGAUGAAGAUUAAAGACAACAUCAACAGUCUGUUCCACCACUGUGUUCAGGCCCUGGCAGAGGAGCAUCAGAUCAAAGUGGUCAACGCCCUGCAGACUCUGUGUGCGUUGUUUCGUGGGGUUCACCAGAAGAACAAGUCAGCCUCAGGCUUCGACAUCAUCAACAUGCUCGUGGGCUUCGACAAGGCCGAGCUCCGCAUGAAGGACCUGAUGGAGAGUUUAGACAGCCUGCUGUGUGGGGAGGGUUCAGAAAGUCUCAAGGCCCUGUGUCUCAAACUACUGCUGUGUUUAGUGACGGUAACAGACAACAUCAGUCAGAACACCAUCCUAGAGUAUGUUAUGAUCAACAGCAUCUUUGAGGCCAUUCUGCAGAUCCUAUCAGAUGUGUCCACUAGAGGACAACAUGGUUAUGAUGCUGUUGUCCUCCUGGCUCUGCUCGUCAACUACAGGAAGUACGAGUCUGUGAAUCCCUACAUUGUGAAGCUCUCCAUAGUGGAUGAUGAACCGACCCUAGAUGGAAUGGGUCUGGUGGUUGGCCAAGCCCUGACAGAAUAUAACAGACAGUACAAAGACAAAGAGGAGGAGAACCAUGGAGGCUUCUUCUCUACUCUCACCAGUAUGGUGGGCAGUAUGUUCAUUGCAGAUGCAGAUGAGAAGCUCUCAGUACAGACCAAUGAGGCGAUUCUGCUGGCGCUGUACGAGGCCGUGCACCUCAACCGCAACUUCAUCACUGUUCUCGCUCAGAGUCACCCAGAGAUUGACAUCCCGACCACACCCAUCACCCCUGUUCUGACCACUCCCACGACGCCACUCGGCACAACCCCGCCCUCUAUGGACAUGAUGAACUCUUCAGAACUUCCCCUGGAUCCUAACCUCCAGACCAGUAACCUGCUCAUCACCUUCCUCAAGUACUCCUCCAUCGUCAUGCAGGACACCAAAGAUGAACACAGACUCAACAGUGCCAGACUCUGUCUCAUCAUCCUCACCUGUAUAACUGAGGACCAGUAUGCUGAUGCCUUUCUCCAUGACGACAACAUGAACUUCAGAGUCAAUCUACAUAGAAUGCCCAUGAGACACAGGAAAAAGGCAGCAGAGAAGAACGUCCCGUCCAGACCACUGGUGUGUGCUGUUCUAGAUCUGAUGGUUGAGUUCAUUGUAACUCAUAUGAUGAAGGACUUUCCUAUGGAUCUCUACAUGCGUUGUGUACAGGUGAUCCACAAGCUGAUCUGCUACCAGAAGAAAUGCAGAAUCAGGUUACACUAUACCUGGAGAGAACUGUGGUCCGCUCUGAUCAACCUGUUGAAAUUCCUGCUGUCCAAUGAGACGGUUCUGUUGGCCAAGCACAACAUCUUUCACCUGGCUCUACUGGUGGUGAAUCUGUUCAACAUGUUUAUAACAUAUGGAGAUACGUUCCUGCCCACCUCCAACAGUUAUGAUGAACUGUACUAUGAGAUCGUCAGGAUGCACCAGAUCUUUGACAACCUCUACUGCAUGGUACUGAGAGUGUCCACCAACACAGGCCAGUGGAAGGAGCCUGCCAGUAAAGUCACACACUCACUGGUCAACGUCAGGGCCAUUAUCAACCAUUUCAACCCCAAGAUUGAGUCCUACGCUGCGGUGAACCACAUCUCCCAGCUGUCUGAGGACCAGGUAUUGGAGGUGGUUCGGUCCAACUAUGACACGCUGACCCUGAAGCUGCAGGAUGGUCUGGACCAGUUUGAGAGAUACUCUGAACAACCCAAGGAGGCUGCCUUCUUUAAAGACCUGGUUCGCUCCAUCAGUCUGAAUGUGAGGAAGAAUGUGUCUCUGAACACACUGAGUCAGGACCUCCUGCUCAAAGAGUUCUCCACCAUCUCCUAAGAGACAUAUGUAUAGUCCUCACCCCCCCUGACUCUAUCUGACUACACACACACUCCUCUAUCUGACUACACACACACUC